GUGAGGCUGCUGUUGAGCUGCGCGCGCGCUGUCAUUAGUGUGAAGGCUCAGUAACGGGCUCAGGUCAGUUUUGUGACUUAACACCAAUAUUCUGCGCAAAUCACAAUGAGUGACCAUCGUUAUCCUCUGCACGUCCGAAUAAUCGGCAUCUUGUAUAAAGGCAACAGCAAAUUGUACGUGGCAUCCGUGCUGUGGUCGGAUCAGACCGACGUGAUUGUAUACAGAUCCCUCCGAGACUUCAAGCAACUUCACAGGCAACUAAAGAAGAAGUUGGAAAACCCGUUUCGCCCACAGGACAGAGUGCUGCCCAGAUUCGGAGGUUUCUUGAUGAAGCUGAACUUCCAGAGGAUGACUCCAGCUCGGUGUGUGCAGCGGGUAAAGGCUCUGGAGCGCUACUGCACCGAGCUGCUGCGCUGUGAGCCACGCAUCUCUCAAUCCUCCGAUCUCAUUCAUUUCUUUAUUCCCAAGGAAGAAGAGCUGCAGCCUGAGUUUGCCCAAAACAGCAUUAUGGUUUUUCAACCAGAAGAUGCCCCUAAUGGUCAGCCAAGAGACCUGAGCAGUAAGCGCUUCAGCGUUGGAAACGUGUCCCAGCCAUAUAUCACCAAACUUUAUCGGUGUGUAGCUGCUUAUGAGACCAAGGACACUAAAAACAGACCAUUUAGCGUGAAAGUGGAUGAAACUCUGGAAGUACUCAUUAAAGAUAAAGCUGGAUGGUGGCUGGUAGAGAAUGAAGAGAAGCGUUUAGCCUGGUUUCCUGCUCCCUAUUUGCAAUUGUGUGAGGAUGAAGAAGAGGGAGAUGAUGAGUUUGACAGUGCAGGUGUGGCUCUCUACUGUGCUGUAAAGAACUACACCUCUACCAUGAAGGAUGAGCUAUCGCUGAACAUAGGAGCUGUAGUGGAGGUCAUUCAGGAGUCUGACGAUGGCUGGUGGCUUGUUAGAUAUAACAAAAAGGAAGGUUAUGUGCCCUCUAUAUACCUACAGCCAUACACCAACCCUGUGUUUAGCAUGCAAAAAAAGUUGCACAGCUCCAACCUAAACCUGUCCAUUUUAUCAACCGUGCUGUCUCACCCCACCCACAAGUCUCACUUCCGCAAGUCUCAGUCUAUGGAGGUGAUCUCAGAGCUUCCAUGCUGCAGUGCUCCAGUCCCAUGCAAUGAAUCCAACAGCCACCAAAGCAGCUUAAGUGAUGACACUGAAUUCAGCUCCUCUGUUUCUCUGGGCCUGAGUCUGAAUGGCUCUGAGGGGGACGAGAACCUAAGAGAGUCAGAAAAAGAUGCAGAAUCAGAUAGUCCUGACAGUGUUUUGAGUAUGGACUGUCAAAGCCCUACCAGUUCAGAAACCAGCAGUCCUUCCAAACUUUGCCCACAGGUUCCACCUCGUCCACAAACCCAAGAGAUCCUCACCCGCUGUACCACCUACACCCGAAAAGCAGCCCUGGAAACUCAAGCUCGUCUAUUUGAUAGAACUGAGAUUAAGUCCAUGUAUUAAAAGCAAUUUUUUUAGAAAUGUUUUAUGAUUUUGGACUGCUCUCAUGCUGAUGCAUGAUACUAUUAUUUCUGUCUGGUACAGUCAGUAUGUUUGAAUACAUCCUGAACCAAUUUUUAAAAUAACAGGUGCUCAACCGAAGUGAAUAUAUUGUAUUUCUUCUACCUGAUUAUAUGUUAAUGCUCAAUUAUCCUAUUUAACAGAGCUAAUCGGAAAUGGAUGGUGCCUUAAAUACUAACAUAUUCAUAGAACAUCAUUUAAUUACUUCCACUGGUAAGACGGGUUCUAUUCUUAAGACAGGUUGAAUAAUAAUAUGUUUUCCUUUUCUUUUUACAGUCAGAUGUCAUCUCAUACAAUAGGUGUCAGGCAGAAAGCUGGCUGUUAAUUAUAAAAAAAAAUAUUUUAGAUUCUUCCUGUAAGCUGUACUGUACUGUCUUUCAAUGCCAUCUGUAUUCAACAUCAAAUCAUACCACAUUGUCUCCUGUUAAAACAAUGUAAUAGUAAAAUGUGAAAUGUCUA